AUGUUAUUUCUGACCUUAUCCGGUGCUGCUUUUUCCAGCUUUUUUUCCUCAAAUGAUUGGUUGAAACAAGAACGAAAAAUAGGAAUGUACUCACAACAGAAAGGCCAACAGGCAGUAAUUGAUCUUAAACUAUGGAUUUUCAAGUUUAUCCGUAACGAUAAGGAUGAAUUUGCUGUAUGCGUGGAAGGUUAUCGAAAGAAAGACAUCGAAGAACGCGAACUAGAAAAUUGGCGUAGUACAGCGAUCAAGGAGAGACAUAAUUCAAUGACUUUACUAACCGUUAGUGGCUCCAAAUAUGUUUUACAUGGAGUAUUUGAUCAGGAUUCAGCAUAUGCACUUGGAUAUCCAAAGACACUAAUCGAAAGAUUCAAAGAUGGCUUUCCAUAUGAAUGGCGAGAACUUUUAUGCGAUUACUACACUAAUGUGGUCAAGCCUAAUAAACUUAAUGCAUCUCAAGGAUUACAUUCUAUGCUUCUCAGUGGCUUAUUCCUAGAUAUAUCUAAAUGUUCACGUACCGAUGGACAUCGUAUAUCAGCGGUUAGAAAUGUGUCUUCACUUUCGAACUGUAACGCAAAACGCGCGAAGCCUUUAUUUAUCAAUGACAAAAUUGUGGAAGAGGAUGAAGAAUCAAGCAGAGACAAGCUUUCUUUAUCUAAAUUGCGUGACAACUGCACGAUUUCAACCAAUGGGUCUUCGAUAAAUCUUGGCACAUCUGUUGCAUCUUCAAGUCAUGAUUCCAGUGAGCAAAACAUGAUAUCAAAAUGUGAUAACCAUUUUAUGUCAGCUGGUGGUGAUAUGCGUGUUGCUGGGAUUAAGUUGUCUGUUGAUAAAGACAAGUCACAAGACGAUAUUUUUAAAAUGCCUCUGUUGCCGCUUCAGAGACGUCGUUCAAAACCAGUUGCUUUAUAUAAUUGGACAAUACGUUUUUCUGCAAAUGACUUGGGAAAUUCGAAGCUUUUCCCAAAUUUUGCUUUUGUCGUAGUUGGUUUUCGUCCGGACAAAAAUUUGGACUGGAAAACAUCAUGUAUUGUUGCGGUAGAAGGUACUCGUUUAUUGCAAACCGAAACAUGUGCAUACGAACUUAUGGGGCCGAUUAAUACAAUAUUAGCAGCGCAACAAGGAUUUCCGAGAGAAUUUGUGACACAAUUCCUGAAUGGCUUUCCAAAAGAUUGGCAUCGUAUCCUAUCAUUGUUUUUCAACACAUACAUUGAACCGCAACUACCACCGCAACAGUCUCUGACUAUUUCGGAAAUUCAUGACGAUGAUGAAGUGGAAAAUCGUUGUGGUUUUCAGCAGAGUAUCAAGAGCCAUUUAUCUGAUGAUAGUGAUUCUGAUAGUAGCGAUUGUGAUGGCUCAUCUUCUAGUGAGAGCAUUCAAAACUGCAGAAAGGACCUGAAAUGUUCCACUGCAAAGCAUUCCACUUCGAGGAAAUCUGUCCGAUAUCAAAUUGAAAACUCGUAUAGCGUAAAACCAAGAAAGAGGAGAGAUAAUAAAUAUCGACAAAGCAAAGAUCUUGUUCCAGCAAAGCGAAUGAAGAUCGAGGGAAAAAGCGAAGAUUCUGCAAACCUUUCUGUGUUAAAAACGACUAGAAGUGGCCGUGUUGUUAAACCACGUUUGGCAACGUGGACAGGACAACGAAUUGUAUACAAUGUCCAUGGUUCUCCAAUAAAAACUAUUGGCAUUACAACAGAUUCUAUUUACUCGACAAGUGCUUCCGAUAGCUCUUUAUCAACUCUCCGUGCAGUGACUUUACUAAAAACAAUGGGAAAAGAAAACCGAAAAUCUAGUCCAUGCAAUUUAGAAAACAAAAGAGUCCCUCUUGUGUCCUACAGUGAUAGUAAAAGCUCUUUCUCCUCCAGUGAUGAUGAUCGAAAACCAUCUCCAUCUGCACCUGUAACGCCUUUCUGUGGAAAACAUCGAUAUCGUAGUUCACGUAUGAUUAUAUCUUCACCAGAAGAAGGCAUGAAAGAAAAGACAGCAAAAAGACAUAAAAUACGGAAACGUCAAAUCAAAACCUGUAGGAAAACUCGUUCGAAGCAGAAGAACCAGUCUAAGAAGGGCACUUGUGUAAAAACUAGAGCGGAAAGAAAAGACGAUGAAGGACAUAACAGCGUUAAAGAAGCGGUACCGAUUGUAUCAUUUAGCGAUGUGGAAUCGGAGAAUGGUGUUGUGGAAAAUGCAAGGAAUGGGAGAAUUGCUAAUGAUAAUAUUACUAAAAAUGCGAAAAAUGUGCAAGCGAAAAAAUGGACGGGAAAUGAUAAUACCAGACUGAAAUUAGCAGUUCGUGCUAUGUGUCCACAGAGCGAGAAAGAUUGGGAAAAUGUCGCUGCAUCAAUACGAACACGUACGGCAGAAGAAUGUCGUAAGCAAGCAAUUGAGGUUCUGAAACUGAAUAUUAUUCCACAAGAGAGUAAAACAACGGAUGUAUCGGCUGAUGUGGUGGAUGCGCUUAGAAAAACCAAAGUUGGCACGCUUGCUUAUCAGAUUCAAGCGGAUCGAUUUACUCGACAGUAUCUGAAAGCGGGUGAUGGCUCAGACUUCUUCGAAGAAACGAUGGAUAUUGGACCAAAUGGAAGAAAAUUGGCAAUGAUGCCGUCAGUAACAACUUUUGACUCUGAUGAUUCAUUAUUAUCUGUCUUGCGUACGCCAACACCGAAAUCUGUUCGAAGAAACAUUCACAGGAAAAAGUUAAUUCGCAUUCCUGAAUCACCGGACAAUUCAACACCGAAAGUUUUGCAAAGGGAUUCUUAUGUUCCAUUCAGAUUUGAUCCAGAUGAUGAGACUUACAGAGAACGACAGUUACGCUAUGUUCAUAAAAUAUUGAAAGUGAAGAAUCAGUACGGUAGAAAUCGUGCAAAUGUGGCAAAACCAUCAUUUUCGAAAAACUACCAUUUACAAGUGCCAGCAGCGCAGUGUCAUCAGAACGACAGUGACAAAGAAUCAGAGCCAGAUGAAUAUUUUGAAGAGGAAACGGAUUAA